AUGCGUUUCGGCAAUAGGCCCCACGAGCCCCCGAACAACUUCUUGCAGUCAUUCAACGUCGGGUAUGACCAAGACCUGCCGGUCAGCUUGAGCUUCGAGCGUGUCAGACAGACAAGAGGGUGGAAGGUUGGCUCAAAGCGAUGGAAGAAAGCAUGGAAGUCAUGCAUGGAUGCUGAGUACGAUCGCUUGAUCGGAUCGCGCAUGACCAACCUAGCACAGUGGCAGGAGUUGUGUAGCAAAGUCGGAAUCGAGGACACCCCGUCCUCCAUUACCCAAUGCAAAAAGGUAUUGAGAAAUGUGCACGUCAACAUCGUUGACCUCCUCGACUGUUGGAAUGACAACUCCAUCCCGAGACGCUUCAAGAACCAAAACGCGCUCGCUGCCUAUACCCGAGACAAUGACAGGUACUUUGGACGAAAUACCGCGAAAGAGGAUAAAGUCCUCAAGGUUUUGCUGCGCGAAAUUCUCUGA